AGCCAGAGGAAGAUGGCCGUGCCCUGUUUUUCGGGUUGAGGCUGUGGCGGCGGCGGCGGCGGCGGCGGCGGCGGGGACCGGGGUCGUGGUGUCGUGGGCGCCUGAGCACUAGCUCCCCCCAGCGUGCGCGCGUCCUUUCGUACUCAGGCUAGAGUCGGCUCGACUUCCUCCGGGAGAUGCGUUUGUCCCGGGCUCGGGGGCUCUCCGGGAGUUCAUGCUGCGCUGGAGGCGCCUGGCCACCGCUCUAAUCGCCCUGUGCCGCCGUAGCACCCACUCCGUCGCCGGCGGUGAGCUCCCGGGACACUCCUUCUGCCCCUGGCGGCGAUGACCGGAGAGAAGAUCCGCUCACUGCGGAGGGACCACAAGCCCAGCAAAGAAGAGGGGGACCUGCUGGAGCCUGGGGAUGAGGAAGCGGCGGCUGCCCUCGGCGGCACCUUUACCGGAGGCAGGAUCGGCACAGGCGGCAGCGGCAAGGGCGGCCGAGCCUGUCACAAGAUCUUCAGUAACCAUCAUCACCGGCUCCAGCUGAAGACAGCUCCAGCCUCCUCCAGUCCCGCCGCCGCGCCGGUCCUGCCGCUGCAUAAUUCCUCCGUAACCACCACCACCUCCCAAUCCCAGACUCUUCUAGCGGGCACCAACCCCAUUGCUGUCGCCGCAGAUGGAGGCAUUUGCCCCACACACUACCCAGUGCACGAGUGCGUCUUCAAGGGGGAUGUAAGGAGACUGUCCUCUCUCAUCCGCACGCACAAUAUCGGGCAGAAAGAUAAUCACGGAAACACUCCUUUACAUCUUGCUGUGAUGUUAGGAAAUAAAGAAUGUGCCCAUUUACUUUUGGCUCACAAUGCUCCAGUAAAGGUGAAAAAUGCUCAGGGAUGGAGCCCGCUGGCGGAAGCCAUCAGCUAUGGAGAUAGACAGAUGAUUACAGCUCUUUUAAGGAAGCUUAAGCAACAAUCCAGGGAAAGUGUUGAAGAAAAACGACCUCGAUUAUUAAAAGCCCUGAAGGAGCUAGGUGACUUUUAUCUAGAACUUCACUGGGAUUUUCAAAGCUGGGUGCCUUUACUUUCCCGAAUUCUGCCUUCUGAUGCAUGUAAGAUAUAUAAACAAGGUAUCAAUAUCAGGCUUGACACUACUCUCAUAGACUUUACUGACAUGAAGUGCCAACGAGGGGAUUUAAGCUUCAUUUUCAAUGGGGAUGCAGCACCCUCUGAAUCUUUUGUAGUAUUAGACAAUGAACAAAAAGUUUAUCAACGAAUACACCAUGAGGAAUCGGAGAUGGAAACAGAAGAAGAGGUUGACAUUUUAAUGAGUAGUGAUAUUUACUCUGCAACUCUAUCAACCAAAUCAAUUUCUUUCACACGUGCCCAAACAGGAUGGCUUUUUCGGGAAGAUAAAACAGAAAGAGUAGGAAACUUUUUGGCAGACUUUUAUUUGGUGAAUGGACUUGUUUUAGAAUCAAGAAAAAGAAGAGAACAUCUCAGUGAAGAAGAUAUUCUUCGAAAUAAGGCCAUUAUGGAGAGUCUAAGUAAAGGCGGAAACAUAAUGGAACAGAAUUUUGAGCCGGUUCGAAGACAGUCCCUUACGCCUCCUCCUCAGAACACUAUUACGUGGGAAGAGUAUAUAUCUGCUGAAAAUGGAAAAGCUCCUCAUCUUGGUAGAGAACUGGUGUGCAAAGAGAGUAAGAAAACAUUUAAAGCCACGAUAGCCAUGAGCCAGGAAUUUCCAUUGGGAAUUCAGUCAAUAUUGAAUGUUUUGGAAGUAAUAGCUCCCUUCAAGCACUUUAACAAGCUUAGAGAAUUUGUUCAAAUGAAGCUUCCUCCAGGCUUUCCAGUAAAACUAGAUAUACCUGUGUUUCCUACGAUCACAGCCACUGUGACUUUUCAGGAGUUUCGAUACGACGAAUUUGAUGGCUCCAUCUUUACUAUACCCGAUGACUACAAGGAAGACCCGAGCCGUUUUCCUGACCUUUAACUGACACGGAAAUGAUGCCAUCUAACCAAGGAAAGCAAGAGGAUCCACAAGUGAAGCCAAGUAGAAGGAACAAAUGCUUUCAGUGAAGAAAAGGGAAUUAUGUUGAAUUGACACAUCAGUAAUAUGAUUAAUAAAAUGGGCCUCUAGUAAGGAUCUCAGCAAGUUUCCUGAUGUGCCAUUUUCAGUCUUUUUAAAAAUAUACGUAUUAUAGUGUAAUAGUUUGACACCUUAAUGACCCUAAGUACUUCUUAUGUAAAACAGCUGAGUGCUGUGAUUUGUUUUUAAAAAUUUUUACUCUUCUUGUUGAAAUAUAUAUGCAUAUAUAUCUAUAUCUAUAUCUAUAGUUAUAUCUAAAACACUCCUGGACCAUUAACAUAAAUUAAAUGUCUUAAGAGAUAUGAAGCCCUUUUACACUUGUCAUCUUAUAUUCAAGGUGACAUUUAUAAAUAUUCCUUCAGACUUUGUUUUCAUAAAAUGUAAACUAUGUAACUUUAUGUAUAGUUCAGUGAUUUGAAUGUUCAAUAUGAUGAACUAGAAAGGAAUGCAGAUUUCUGUAGAUGAAUGAACCAAAUGGUAACCAUUAAACAAUUGCAUUUAUAUGUUGCAAUACAUUUCAGAAGGAGCGUUCACUCUGCAGGGAAUAAGGUACCUCCUUUAGCACCUUAGUGCAAUUCAUUGUGGUGCUAUUUGUUUUUACCUGAAUUCUUUCUUCAAUGGUAAAUGUUUGUUACUAAUCUUCCUUUCAUAGAACCUCUAUUUUUUUUUUCUAUACUUGAGUUUUAGAGUCUUCUUUGUGUUCCUAAUAGGGUAUGGUUAGCAUGCUUAAAGAUAGCCCUCUUCCAACUCUCAGCACUUUAAAAAUAGUCUUGAAUUUUAAAAUUGCUUCCUAAUAAGUGUACAUCAUUCUGAUUAUUUUGUUUGUUUUUAGUGGAAUAAGGAUGCAUUCAUGUCAGUUUUAAACAACAACUCACAUUUUGGACAUCCCUACAUAUUUAAUGCUUUCAAAGUAAGGUAAAAACAUUUUAUAUGCUAACAGAAUAUAUUUGUUAUAAUUUAAAUUCCAGAAAUGUACACAAGAUUGAUAAUUCCUACUCUUUAUUUUUUUAAGUCUCAAGAAAAUAUUUAUUGGUUUUAAUUAUCUUCAAAGUGUUAAAAUCAUGCAUUAUUCAUUUUCGCACUUAAAAUUUUUCAUGUUUAUUCCAAGAUGGUUUGAUGGUCCAAGAAUGAAAAUAAAUUAGGGAGAAUAAUGUGUAGCAGUCGUAAUAUGUUAUGUAUUUAAGAAGUUAGCUAAAGAAAUGUUUUUUAAAUGUAUCCUGAUAAAUGUGUCAGAAUGCAUCUGUCAGGUUUUUUAGUGACCAGUAGUUUAAACUUUUUCCAGAAUUUUAAAUAAUUUGAAUGAGUUUAGAAAACUUUACUGAAAAGAUGAUUAUUUACAAAUCCAAAGCAUCAAUCUUAAGAAAAAUUUUAUAAUAAACAUCUUUAAAGCUGCAUCUUUCAUGCUGAUAACAUAUUACAAUGCGUAUGUUGACAUUUUGUUAAAUACAUUUUAUAAUGAAGAAAAAUAAUGAUAGUUAAAAAUUCAAAGACCAAUUACUACCUGAUGUGGUCUUUUGAAUUUUGUGGAAAGAGUUGGUGAACCCAGACUAGGUUUAUUGAAUACGAGUCGAUCCCAGUUAUUUCGGGAAUGCUCCUCAAGUGACUUAGGACUGAAUUCUCCUGUCAGUGAUUGUGUGAGGUUUGAGACACUGAAUGGCAAGUAUCACUGUUGCUUUUAGGCUUCCUUUACUUUUUGGGAAUAUGAUACACUUUCAGGAAUAUACUAUAGAUUUUUUCAUACGUACAGACAAAUUAGUGGGGGAAAAACAUGGUAAAUUGCAACUUGGAAUUUACCAGUUACCUAAAAGCUGUGAAUAUUUUGCUGGGGUACACUGGAGGUAGGAAGACUACUGAAAACUUUUGCACUUGGAUUUUGUUUUUAACUCUUACCCUUUUCUUUCAUAAAGAAUAGUAUAAAGAGAUGAUCCAUUCCAAAUGUCUUUUAUUUGAUCAUAAAGGACAAGCAAAUGUCAGUAUCUCUUAUGAUGGUGAAAACAAGGAGUUAUUAAUGCAAAUAAACUUUUCACA